GAUCGUUUCAUCACUCAAUUUUUUUUUCUCCUCUUUUUCUUUCUCUUUUCUUUUUCAAACCUCUUCUUUUUUUUAUUUCCCUUUCCACUCUCCUUUAAGAAAAAAAGAUACCUCAGAUGAAGCUGUCUUUGUUUCUUGCCUGUAUCGUGGCGCUUUUAUCAGUCACAUUCACACUUGUUCAUGCUGAUGCGCUUCAGGAUGAAAUCGAUGCCGCAAAGAAGAAGUUCUGUUCAGGUAUCGCUGUGACCGCGCCCAGCAAGAACAAAGUGUUUAGCAACCCCAAGAAAGUGCAAGUGAUCGUCACCCGAAAGCCCGAUGCUCAAGCCAAGGUCGUCAACGGUGUGGAUAUUUACUCUAUUGACAGCAAGGGCAAGGCAAAGUACCUCGGUACUCCCUGGAAGGGCAACUACAACUUGAACAAGAAAGCCACUUUGACUGUUGACAUUACCAAAAUCAAGGGACUCAAGUUGCCUUCUCAGUUUGAAUUCCGCGUGUGGGUUCACAAUAAGAAGGGUCCCGACUGUACUUUGAUGUCCAAGGUUUUCAAGGUCAAGUCUUCCUCGCACAGCAAUGCCGCUGAAGAAGAGGCUUUCAACAACUUGGAUAGCAACAUUGAUCGUGGUUGCUUCGGUAUCGAUUUGACCAAGCCCGAACUCGGUUCGCAUCAACCCUCCGGCAAGACCUUCCCUGUCCAAAUCCAGCGCGAUUCCGCUUCCCAAGUCGAGAACUACAAGUCCGUGGAACUGUAUAAGAUUGACCUCGAAACUCGUCAACCUACCAAGGUCAAGGAUUCUUGGACCGGCAAUGAAGAAGUUCAUCACAUGUUCAAUGUCAAAGAAUCCUACACUCCUUCCAACCAAGAUGGCAAGCAAUAUGCUUAUUUCUACAAAUUGUCGGGUGUUACUCAGCAUGACGAGAACUGUGAAUUCUAUUCUCAUCCUUUCUACAUCGAUGCUUAAACGGGUGGAUAUUCCUCUCCGUUCGCGUCGUUUUCGCUUACACACACUUUCUCUCUCCCUUCAAAGUCAUGAAUAUAUACACGUUUGAAAAAACAACAGGACAAAACUGAAAACAAUAAAGCCUAUUUUUUUGCUAUACCACUA